GGCCUGCACUGGGCCAGGCAAGAUGGCGGCCGUGGAGACAGAGUCGGCGCCCCUGACCCUAGAAUCGCUGCCCACCGAUCCCCUGCUCCUUAUCUUAUCCUUCCUGGACUACCGGGACCUAAUCAAUUGUUGCUAUGUCAGUCGAAGACUUAGCCAGCUAUCAAGUCACGAUCCGCUGUGGAGAAGACAUUGCAAAAAAUACUGGCUGAUAUCUGAGGAAGAGAAAACACAGAAGAACCAGUGUUGGAAAUCCCUCUUCAUUGAUACUUACUCUGAUGUAGGAAGAUAUAUUGACCAUUAUGCUGCUAUUAAAAAGGCCUGGGAUGAUCUCAAGAAAUAUUUGGAACCCAGAUGUCCUCGUAUGGUUUUAUCUCUGAAAGAGGGUGCUCGAGAGGAAGACCUAGAUGCUGUAGAAGCUCAGAUUGGCUGCAAGCUUCCUGAUGAUUAUCGAUGUUCAUAUCGUAUCCACAAUGGGCAGAAGUUAGUGGUUCCUGGGUUGUUGGGAAGCAUGGCGCUGUCUAAUCACUAUCGUUCUGAGGAUUUGCUAGACGUCGACACGGCUGCUGGAGGCUUCCAGCAGAGACAGGGACUGAAAUACUGUCUGCCUUUAACUUUUUGCAUACAUACUGGUUUGAGUCAGUACAUAGCAGUGGAAGCUGCGGAGGGCCGAAACAAAAAUGAAGUCUUCUACCAAUGUCCAGACCAAAUGGCUCGGAAUCCAGCUGCUAUUGACAUGUUUAUCAUAGGUGCUACUUUUACUGACUGGUUUACUUCUUAUGUCAACAAUGUUGUAUCAGGUGGCUUCCCUAUCAUCAGAGACCAAAUUUUCAGAUAUGUUCAUGAUGCAGAGUGUGUAGCAACGACUGGGGAUAUUACAGUUUCAGUUUCCACAUCGUUUCUGCCAGAACUUAGCUCUGUACAUCCACCCCACUAUUUCUUCACAUACCGAAUCAGGAUUGAAAUGUCAAAAGAUGCACUUCCUGAGAAGGCUUGUCAGUUAGACAGUCGCUACUGGAGAAUAACAAAUGCUAAAGGUGAUGUGGAAGAAGUUCAAGGACCUGGAGUAGUUGGUGAAUUUCCAAUCAUCAGCCCAGGCCGGGUAUAUGAAUACACAAGUUGUACCACAUUCUCUACAACAUCAGGCUAUAUGGAAGGAUAUUAUACCUUCCAUUUCCUUUACUUUAAAGACAAGAUCUUUAAUGUUGCCAUUCCCCGAUUCCAUAUGGCAUGUCCGACAUUCAGGGUGUCUAUAGCUCGAUUGGAAAUGGGUCCUGAUGAAUAUGAAGAGAUGGAAGAAGAAGAAGAGGAGGAGGAGGAGGAAGACGAUGAUGAUGAUUCGGCAGAUAUGGAUGAAUCUGAUGAAGAUGACGAGGAGGAGAGACGGAGGAGAGUCUUUGAUGUUCCCAUUCGAAGACGCCGCUGCUCUCGCCUUUUUUAGCAAGCCUCUGCUGAUGGAAGCCCUGGGGUGAAUCAGCCUGUUAAAUAGAUUUCUCAGUAAUGUAAAUAACUAAAUUGUUCUCAGCUUAUAGAAGGAAAACUAGCAUGAAAUAUUGUGCCAGGACCUGGGUUCUAUAUGACACUACUUUAGGAACUGGAUGGUUUGAGUUUGCUUAGUGUUUUUGAGGUAGAGGAGGAAAUGGGAAUCUUUUUUUCCUCUUCUAGAAGUCAGUGGGAGAAUAGUUCUCUAGCUAAGGAACAGACAUUUUUUGUUUAAAGAUAUUUUAUACUUAUAAAAAUAUGGAAAUGGGAGGGAGUAGAAUAAGGAUUUAAAAUGAAGCAGAAAUACCUACACAAGGAUAGAGAGAAACUGUGUGACUGAAUGAUUCUGUGAAAAGACUUAUAAGUUAUUUAGAAAUGAACAGAAUUUGUAAUUAGGCUAAUCCAUUUAGUGAGUCCUAUAUAUUUUGUACUCACCCGGAACUAAUUGACUAAAUAGCUUGAAUGCUAGUUGUCCUUUCUUAGACAAUCUGUCCUUAAAUUUAGAGUUUUCAUCACAACAACCUUGAAUUUAAAGUCUAUCAGUAUGACUUUGACCUUAAAUUUAGUCUUCAACUCUGCCAACCUUGAAUUUAAAGUCUUCAACACUAUGACCUUUAUCACGUUGUUCACAGAUGCAUCAUUUUUGAAGUGUAGUGUGUAAAAGUAUGUAUUGUGUUGUUUAUUAACAAAAGAUUCUUCACAAUAUCUCAUGUAGUCUAAAUUUGGAAAUACUGCUUCUGUUUUGUUUCCCCUCUAUAUACUUGACUGUCUAACUUUGUGAUAAGUGACAUGAAUUUUAAGUUAAGAUUAAGUCUGUUUCCCUAAAACAUGGAUUUUUUUGUAAUUAUAUAAUUGAGAGUUUGGAAUGAAAUCCUCCAAGUGUCAAAAACUCACAUUUUGAAAACAUAUUUUGGUUCCGAUCCUGUAUUUUGUAUAAUUGCCUAUUUCCCAUAAACUAAUAUUAAUAAGCCUUUGCUCUUAAGAUGGAAGAUGAGAUCAAAACUCAUUGGCCUAUUGCCAGAGGCCCAUUCAAAGUCAUUUCCUGGCUUUGACGAUACUCUGUCAUGUACUCCACCUUGCAAUUCCCCCAGGAACAGUUCUUUAGUAGGGAAAACUGUAGGAAGAGGGAGGUAUAUACAGGAUUAAGCAGCUGCCAUCAGGGACCAUGAAGGCAAACUUAGUCUUUCAUACUGGCACAUGUCAAAAUGUUCUGAAGUGGAGUAAGUAGUUUCUCCUGCUUAUUUCUUUUUAAAUAGGCUCCCAAAUCUAUUAUGCCUACCCUUUUUUUUUUUUUUUAAUUUUUAUUUAUUUAUUUAUUUUUGGCUGUGUUGGGUCUUCGUUUCUGUGCGAGGGCUUUCUCUAGUUGCGGCAAGCGGGGGCCACUCUUCAUCGCGGUGCGCGGGCCUCUCACUAUCGUGGCCUCUCGUUGCGGAGCACAGGCUCCAGACGCGCAGGCUCAGUAGUUGUGGCUCACGGGCCUAGUUGCUCCACGGCAUCUGGGAUCUUCCCAGACCAGGGCUCGAACCCGUGUCCCCUGCAUUGGCAGGCAGAUUCUCAACCACUGCGCCACCAGGGAAGCCCUAUCCUUUUUUUUAAUCAACCCACUGGUUUUUUGAAAAAUAAACUUCUCCAGUAAAUCAAUGAUUUAAUUAAAACUAGUUAACGUUGGAAGUUAAAGCUGGCGCCAGGAUACCUUGCCAUUCUUUGCAUCUUUCUUUUUUCAGAAUGGCCUCUCUUCUCUCAGUUCCCAGAGUACUCAUGAUGUCCCAAAACUCCCUGCCACCCCAUCCAAUCCUUGCUCCUCAGAAUGCUUCAGGCUUGCUUAUCCUUCCAUCAGAAUUCAUUCUCUUAGUAUGUUGAAUGAAUGGUCUCUAGUUCAUACUAAGGUGUGAUUGAUUAGUUGAUAACAACCUCAGGUGUUUUAUUUCAUGGGCAAGAAUGUGUAUUCACACAGAAAAGGGAUCUAACAGUUGGUCAGACUAUGCUUUUGGUGGAGCGAAGCCCAUUUCUGGCUCCUAGGUCCCUUCAGAACACCACUUAUCUUUUACUCAUUUGUCUGAAGCUUGAUGUAUCAGGAGAGGCAGAUAUGUAAAUAAACUGGAGCUUAAAUA